UUUCCCCAAUCUCAUACAAGUAUACAACAAACUUCCCCCAAAUAAUUAAUCCCCUCAUAAAUCCUAAUACCAAUAAAAUUCAAGUUUUCAUAUUCCCAUUUCCAAUCAUUCAUUCAUUCAUCCAUUUUCAACCAAAAUAAAUAACUAAACUCGAACCUUCUUAGUUCUCCCUCCACCAUAACCAUGGCAACAUCCUCACCAUACACACCCAUCUCCACCUCCACACAACCCACUUCCUCCUCCCCACUCUCCACCAACCUCGACUUCAUCUCCCGUGCUAAACACCGCUUCUACGGCACCCUCUCCGCCCGUCGUCCAUGGCGACAAAUCUUCGAUUACCACUCCAUUUCCUGCCCUCACAAUCUCUCCGAUGCAAUUUCACGGCUCAAAUCAAAUCUCUUGUACUUCCGUAUGAACUUCGCUAUGUUCAUCCUUAUAGUCCUCUUCCUCUCCCUUCUUUGGCACCCUAUUUCUCUCAUCGUCUUCAUCGCUAUGAUGGUUGCUUGGCUUUUCCUUUACUUUUUACGCGACGAACCGCUUGUUUUGUUCGGUCGGUCUAUUGAUGACCGGAUCGUUUUAACGGUUCUCUCGGUUUUAACAAUCGGUUUACUUUUGUUUACUGGUGCGACCGGAAAUAUCUUGAUUUCUUUGGCGGUUGGGGCUGCUAUUGUUGUGAUUUACUCGGUUUUCCGACGAUCUGAUGAUUUGUUUUUGGAUGAAGAAGAAGCUGCUGCUGGCGGUUUACUUUCCGGUCGGACCGGCGCUUAUCAUCAUCAUCAGUCAACCCCUUCUUCAUAAUUCUUGCUUUGGAUGGUUUGACUUUUUAUUGUCUCAUUCUUAAUUCUCUGAUUUUCUUUUAUAUGUAAAAUUGUUUUUAUUUUUCGUUGGCAUUUUAACAUUAGGUGGUGUGUGUAAUUGAGUUGUAACUAUUGAUUGUUAAUGAUAAUUUCGUGCUUUUUAAUUUGUGA